AUGGACUCUUCGGCCUCAUAUUACACAUUCCACACACAAUAUGUAUUUUUUUUAUUUCUUCUUGUAACAGCAAAAUAUGCUCAAAAAAUUCAAACUUUUUCAGAUCCUGAACUGGCAGACGCAGCCCAGAAAUGUAAAGUUGACCUCACAUUUACUGAUUUUCGUGACAUGGAACAGAGAAUAGAGUUUAUUAAGCGAUAUGUAAAGCAGUCAAAAUCUCCAACGGUGGAUGAGUUGGUUGACAUUUUAGAGGUAUCUAAUUACACACUAUAA